UUCUCUUUUAUCUUACAUAUUUUUUGACCUCCGAUCCGUACCGAACUUAAAUAUAAACAUUUGGAUAGAACGGAGGGUGUAACGAUUAGGAAGGUUAUUUAUAUUGCAUAUAAAAACAGCCGACAAUAAUCCAGCUAAAAUGAAUGAACACCAACCAUUGUCGCUAAGAUUCAAGUACAACUUUCCUAUGCCUCUCCAUCAAAUCUUACCAAACUCUAUAAUCUGUUCUCGGCCAAAAUGUGGAUCACCGGUCUCUCCCACCCUAUUUUCCGUCCACUUCACUUCAAUAUAGCUUCGAAAUACAAUCCAAAAAAUGUCGAACUUAAAAGAAGUAACGUACGACCCGUGAAAACAAAGUACAUGAGAGCUCUAAGGCGAGCUUGAGGGACCAGAGCCCUUCAAAAUCAACAGUCGAUGUCAAGCAGCUAGUUGCCUUGUUGCAUGAAGAUCUUUCACAUCUCUUUGACGAUCAGGGUAUCGAUCGGACGGCGUACGAUGAACAUGUCAGGUUUCGAGACCCGAUCACUAGACAUGAUACCAUUGGUGGAUACAUGUUUAACAUUGCAAUGUUGAAGAUGAUCUUCACUCCUCACUAUCACUUGCACUGGAUCAAAGCGGCAGGACCUUAUGAGAUCAUGACAAGGUGGACAGUGACAAUGAGAUUUAUUCUUUUACCGUGGAAACCUGAAUUGAUAUUCACAGGCACAUCUGUAGUGGGCAUCAACCCAGAGACUCACAAAUUUUGCAGUCAUGAGGAUUCAUGGGACUCGAUUAAUGAUAAUGAGUAUUUUUCUCUUGAAGGAGUAUGGGAUGUAAUCAAGCAGCUGUGGAUUUACAAGUCUCCAGAUUUCGACACUCCCAAGUUUCAGAUACUGAAGAGGACUGCCACAUAUGAGGUCAGAAGAUACUCCCCAUUUACAGUUGUAGAAACUGAUGGUGAAAAGCUGGCUGGUUCAACUGGUGUCAAUGCUGUUGCCAGUUUUCCAGAUCCCAAUCAAGACAUUAGCUUGAGACGAGUUGAAGGAGGUACUGCUGCAGUAUUAAAAUUUAGUGGAAAGCCCACUGAGGACAUUGUUUCGGAGCAAGAGAAAACAUUAAAGUCAAGUCUUAUAAGAGAUGGCCUGAUACCAAAAACAGGUUGCUUGCUUGUUCGUUAUAAUGAUCCUGGACGAACUUGGAGCUUUAGGAUGAGAAACGAAGUGCUAGUGUGGUUGGAGGAGUUCUCGCUGGAUUAAUGCACUUUCCCUUUACAAACAUUGCCAAUUUAUGCUUCUUCGAUCUUUGAUGGUAGGAUGUGUCGGAAUGAAUGUAAAUUUGGUCAAAAGUAGAUGAAACAGUUAAAUUAUUUCAAUGCAUUAGAAUAAUUAAAGAGAUAUUAUUUGUUUUUGUCUCAUAUGCUAUUAUUAUUAUAGGUAAUUGUGAUGUUUCAAAUCUCUUGCAUGAUAAAUAUUCUUUAUAAAUAUUUAAUAACUUUUAUGGUGGUCAUUAUUGAUGUUUUUUAAAUAUUUAAUUUUUUAAUUGUGUCUUGAUUGAGGCGUUUUUGUACCAUUCAUGGGUGGCCAUAUGUGAUGGCGUAUAUUUCGGCUUAUAAGAAGCAAUUAACUAUACUUCAUGAUUAUGGUUAUGUGAUUAUUUAUGGAUUCACAGUAUAUAUUAUUAUGGUGUGGUUCAUAAUUUUCAUGAUUAAGUAUAAUGGUGUGGUGUGCUUGAAUCUAUUAGUGUAUGUGUUGUUUUGUAUCAUAUUUUGUCAUUUCUUGAUCUAUUUUGCCUGAUUCGGAGGAGAUUGGGUAUUUGUAAUCAUUUUUAUAUCAUAUGAUUAGUUACAUUUUUGAGUUUUG